UCACGCCGGCCAAGGUCACCUUGCAGGGAGAUAUCACUACAACAUUCAUGCAGCGGACUUUAAUCUUUAACAGUAAGUGACCUCCUUCCGUAUUACUAACGGAACGCUGUGAUUACACCUCCAUACAACAGAAGAUUUGACGCCUACCCUAGAAGAUGGCGCCCCCGGCAAAAGUAUAUCUGCAAUAUAUCCCUGUGGCGGCCACAGCGGUGUUUACGGCGCUGGUAUACUACUUCAUCGACUACAUUCUCUGGUGCAUAGUGACAGGCUGCGUUCUCUACGCUGCGGGGGUGUAUUUCCUCAAAUCCGAGGCUCCAAGUCAAAUCGAUCCCACAGGAAAGGCCAUUCUCAUCACAGGCUGUGAUGCAGGGCUGGGAAAUGAGCUGGCGACCCGAGCACACAAACUCGGCUUCACGGUGUUUGCCGGCUGCCUGAACGACAACACAGAGGGGUCCCGGGCCCUACAGGCCACCUUUGAGGAGAGGAUGCACGUCCUGAAGAUGGACGUCACAAAGGAUGGUGAGGUGACGGAGGCACUCAAGUAUGUCCAGGAGCGAUGCAGAAGCACAGGUUUGUGGGCUGUUGUGAACAAUGCCGGCAUUGACGGCGGGGGUCCGGUCGAGCUGUGCAGCAUGAAGUUCUACAAGGAUGUGUGCGAGGUCAACCUGUUCGGGGCUAUCAGAGUGUCUAAAGCGUUCCUGCCGCUAGUGAGGCAGGCUAAAGGCCGGGUAAUUAACGUGUCCAGUGAAAGAGGCCGUCUGGCAAGGGGAGGUAACUCGACGUACUGCAUUUCCAAGUACGGUUUAGAAGCCUUCUCCGAUGCUUUACGACACGAGAUGAGGAGGUUUGGGGUCCAGGUCAGUCUGACUGAACCGGGUCAUUUCGGAGGAGCAACAGCCAUUCUUCUGGAACACAACGUUGAAAUGUUUAGAAAGAGACUAUUUGAUGGAUUCAACUCAGCCAGUGAUGACGUCAGGAAGGUUUACCCACAGGAAGUGGCAGAACAGGCUGUCAAGGACAAAUACAUCUCUUCGAAGCACUCACCUAAGUCAUGUGACAUCGUCCUUGACGUCAUGGAACGUCAGCUGAUAGAAGUCAAGGUCAGCCCGAGAUAUCUAAUCGGGGGAACGAAUUCAGUGGUUGACCUCCGUGUGGUUUACAUAUUUCUGAAAUCGUUUCUGCCGGACCAGGUGAUGGAUUACCUGCUGGAGAAAAUACCAGUUUGAGAUUUGGAAAAGCGUCGUUUAUUCGUUCUAUUUAGCACUGAAUGCAUGUGUUGUUUUGUUUGUUUAUUUGUUGUUUAACGCCGCACUCAGCAAUAUUCCAGCUAUAUGACCGUUGUAUGUAAAUAAGCGAGUCUGGACCAGACAAUCCAGUGAUUGACAUCAUAAGCAUCG